AUGUCUCGGUUCUUCAGGCAAGCAGGCGACUCCGACAGCGAGUCCGAGUCGUCCGAGGAGGAGCUCAUGUCCAGCGAUGAUGAGGGUGCACCCAAGCCUGCGUCAGCCAAGCCUACUAUGUCUCGUCUCCUGCGCACUGGCGAUGACUCCAGCUCAGAGGAAGAGGAGGACGAAGAGGAGGAGGAAAGCGAGCUGUCCGAGGAAGAAGCCAAAGAGGAGAAGCGCAAGUCCCGCUUCCUCCGCACCGAGUCCGACGAGGACGAGAGCGAUGAGGACGUCAAGCGCGUCGUCAAGAGCGCGCGAGAUAAGCGGCUUGAUGAGAUGGAGGCAUGCGGCAAGGUCAUGGACAACGCGCUCAAGAUCAAUGACUGGGUCGCAAUCUCCAAUGAAUUUGACAAGCUCGUGCGGAUGGUCCAGAGGCAGCAGAAUGUCUCCGAGCCCGUUCCCCCCUUCUAUAUCCGCACCCUCACAAACCUUGAAUCAUCCCUCAACUCUGCCGUGGCUAAGGAGAAGGAAGCAAAGAAGAAGAUGAACGCCAGCAACGCCCGCGCGCUCACGGCCAUGAAGCAGAAGGUCAAAAAGAUCACCAAGGAGUACGAAAAGGAACUCAAACAGUUCCAGGCGGACCCAGAGGCUUUCGAGAAAGAGUACGCUGCCUUACUCGUUCACGAGGUUACUGCAGCGCCAAAACCAAAAAAGGUCAAGAAAUUGCUUGCUGGAGCGAGUGACGAAGAGCAGGAACAGCCAGACGACGACUUUACGACCGUCGGCAAAGGGGGCAAGGCGAUGCUAUUUACCUCCGAUAGUAUCUUCAAAAACCUGCAACUCAUCCAAGAUGCUCGGGGCAAAAAGAACACCGAUAGAUCGGACCAGAUGCGUAUCCUCGAGAAGCUGCUCGAGGUCGCGGUGACAUCGUAUCAGCGUAUUCGCGUCCUGCUCACACUCAUUUCCUCGCGCUUCGACUACAACUCGUCCGUUUCGACACACAUGCCAAUCGACUUGUGGAUAUCCGCACAGCGCGAGGUCGACCAGCUGAUCUCCAUCAUUGUCCUGAACCCCGCCUAUUCGGUGCAGGAAGUUACCGAGGACUACGACGAGCAGGCAGAGCGCUCGCCUGCUACGGAGAAGGACGGCGUUGUCCGGAUUCGUGGCAGCAUCAUCAGCUUCGUCGAUCGUUUGGACGACGAGUUUACGAAGAGUUUGCAGAAUAUUGACCCUCACGGGACAGAGUAUGUCGAUCGGCUCAAGGACGAGAAGGGUCUCUACUGCACUAUCUGCCGCGCACAGGCACUGUACGAGAAGAACAAGCAGGAGGAGCCGCAGGGCAGGGUGGUCAUGCGGCGGUUAGAGCACAUCUACUCGAAGCCUGACGCUGUCGUGCAUGCUCUUGAGUCGGCAGUGGCGACUAUGGAUAACAAGCCGUCAAUUGUACUCUCCGUCGAGGGUCAAUCAUCCAUGCUCAUCCACUCCCUGUGUGUUCACCUGUACAAGUCUGGCAACUCUUUCCUGCGAACACGCGCUAUGCUCUCGCACAUAUAUCACUAUGCACUUCACAACGAUUUCCACACCGCGCGAGAUAUGCUCCUGAUGUCUCAUCUCCAAGAGUCCGUAUACUCUGCGGACGUCGCCACCCAGAUCUUAUACAACCGAACCGUAGUGCAGUUGGGCCUGAGCGCAUUCCGCUGUGGUCUGAUCAAGGAAGCGCAGGCUACGCUGCAGGACAUCUUCGCGACCCAGCGAGUCAAGGAGCUCCUCGCUCAGGGUGUGCAUCAACAGCGCUACCAGGUGCUGACGCCUGAGCAGGAGAAGGCGGAGAGGCAGCGCCAACUUCCCUUCCACAUGCAUAUCAACACCGAGCUGCUGGAGGCGGCGUUCCUAGUCUCGAGCAUGCUCGUCGAGAUUCCCCUUCUCGCGAGCAUCGACUCGGAGGAGCAGAAGCGGAAAGCGAUCUCGAAGUCAUUCCGCCGCUUAUUGGACUUUGCAGACCGCCAGAUAUUCACGGGUCCUCCCGAGAGCACGAGAGACCACAUCAUGCAGGCAAGCAAGGCACUGCAGAACGGCGAGUGGGAGAAGUGCCGCGAUUUGAUUCAGAGCAUCAAGAUUUGGAGUCUGAUGCCGGAGGCCGCGUCAGUAAAAGAGAUGCUGGCAAAACGUAUCCAGGAGGAGGGGCUGCGCACAUACCUGUUCACGUAUGCUCCUUACUAUAGCACAUUAUCGCUGUCCUUGCUUUCCCGCACAUUCUCGCUGCCUCUGCGCACAGUCACGUCCGUGGUGUCCAAGAUGAUCUGGAACGAGGAGCUUUCCGCGUCCCUCGACCAGGCAGUGGGCGUCGUUGUCUUCCACCGGAUCGAACUCUCGCGAACACAGCAGCUCGCGCAGGUUUUGGCGGACAAGGUCAACAACAUGAUGGAGCAGAAUGAGAAAACGCUCGACCUCAAGCUCGGCAAUACAACUUCUUGGGGAGAUCGCGUGGACGGCGCGAAGGGUGACAAGCGGGGAGAGCAAACGCAGGAGCGAAGAGGCCGCGGUGAGCGCACCAGGGGAGGUGUUCGUGGUGGUGCACGCGGUGGACGCGGAGCGCGUUUCGCGCAAGGUCUCGGGAACCAGAUGGCGGGUACACAGAGGACCCGGUGA